AUGGCUAUCAUCAAAAAGUCAAAAGACUUGAUUGUCCGUAUCCGUCCUCUGUAUCCAGAGUUCUUUAACCAUUCCUGUACCUUUCCAUUUGCGUAUGGCGACGUUAUCUACUACAGCUGCAUCUCUGUCCGCAGUCAUUAUGCCUGGUGUUCUAUUGAUGAGGUGAUUUACCUCAUCAGAAAUCCCAGAGAUGUUUUUGUGUCUGGUUAUUUUUUCUGGAGGAUUGCAACAUUUGUUAAGAGACCAGAGUUCCUGGAACAAUAUUUUGAAUGGUUCAUCCAAGGAAAUCUGCCAUAUGGAUCAUGGUUUAACCAUGCUUGUGGCUGGAUGUCCAUGAGAGACAAGGAGAACUUCCUGAUACGGAGUUAUGGGAGUUAUGAAGAGAUGAAAUGGUCAAAGUUUAGCCUUUUGAAUGGCAUUACUGGAGACUGGAAAAAUUACUUCAUGGUGGCCCAAGCUGAAACCUUUGAUAAAAUAUUCCAGGAGAAGAUAACAGAUCUUCCUCAAUAGUUGUUCCCAUGGGAAUAA